AUGAGUCAGUCUGCUUUCAUACGGCAAAACGCUCCUCUCCAGUGUCCGUUCCCCCCGCCCCGCUCUGACGACGAAAGUCACACAGAAUCGAAACUUCAGCAUGAACAAGAAAAAUCAAACUCCCUUCCUCUUCCUUCAGUUUCCAAGCGAAUUGUGCUUGGUGAUUCUGUCUGUAAUUUAGGAGGAACAACUGACCACGCAAGCGGCAUUGUAGACCUCAAAGGGGAUAAGAAGGACUUGUUCAGUAAAACUCCAGAGCUUGUCAAUGAGGGCACAAGUGAGCUCCGUCACCGUAACAGAGGGGAACUAUCAUCUGAAGCUGCUCCACGGCCACCUAGACAUGGAUUAGACCAAUACUUAUCCAGAUUCGAUGAAGCUCUGAAGCUGAGGAAUCAGCUAAUGAAUGAGAAGCCAAGCCAAGAGAAUGGGAAUGCUGUGGAGGAGUUUGACUCUUUUCGCAUUUUUAGAUUAGUGGGAUGCGCUCUGCUUGCCAUUGCAGUCAGGGCUUUUGUGUGCAAAUACUUGUCAAUUUUUGCACCGUUUCUUACUCUACAACUUGCCUACAUGGGACUGUCCAAGUACUUUCCAAAGUGUGAAAAGAAGGUGAAAACGACAGUACUAACUGCAGCUCUUUUACUAUCUGGAAUCCCAGCGGAAGUGAUUAGUCGCUCCAUGGACACCUACAGCAAAAUGGGAGAUGUUUUCACAGACCUUUGUGUCUAUUUCUUUACUUUUAUCUUCUGCCAUGAACUUUCUGUGUUUUUUGGUUCUGAAGUACCCUGAUGGCUGUAGAACUCAAUGCAGUAGUUACACGAAAGCUUUCUGUUCUGUAUUCCUUUAACAUCUGACUGUCCAAGCAGGUUUAAACCUUAAUUAAAAUUCUUACUGGUUUGAAUGCUUGAAAGGAGCCUUGAAUCCAGUCAUUUUGGGAAUGGAAGAACAGGGUCCCAGGCUGCCAGUUGUGUUAGUGCAGUUUAUUUAUAUUCUGUGUCUGCCUCUUACAAAUACGAAGAAUAGGAUGCAAGUGUCAGUAGAUAUAUUUUGUUUUGUUAGAUGAUUCCCUUCUCACCCUCCUUCAUAAACACUUACAAAGCUACCUUUGUUUUUUGUGGAGAGAACAAAAAGAA